AUAAAGUUUACAUAAAUAUAUGCAACCUAUUGCUUAUUGUCAUGUUUUGCACAUGAUUUUGAUUAAAUAAUUGUUAGAGAAAGGUAGCAGAAAAAGUAGAAUUCUGUUACAUUAAAGUUGAAAUCCCUGAUUAAUUUCACCCUUUCUACUCCAUAUAUAUAUAUACAGAUUACAGAAAAACGUUAUUCGAUCUACCCUUAUCAUUAUUUUGCACCCCAAAAAUAAAUAUACUAUGGUCCAAAAUGAUGAACCGAUAACCAAUAAUACAGAUCAUGCUAUCUCAGGCCAAGAGCUUCCGGUUACGGCCACCGCUGUCAGCGGUGGCAGUAACCACAAGAAGCUGACUCUCAUCCCUCUUGUAUUCCUGAUAUACUUUGAGGUUGCGGGCGGGCCUUACGGCGAGGAGCCUGCAGUCAAAGCAGCUGGCCCUCUGUUUGCUCUGUUAGGCUUUCUAAUUUUUCCAUUCAUUUGGAGUGUUCCUGAGGCUUUGAUCACGGCCGAGCUUUCGACCGCCUACCCCGGUGAUGGCGGGUUUGUUAUUUGGGCUGAGCGGGCCUUUGGCCCGUUCUGGGGAUCCAUCAUGGGUACUUGGAAGUUCCUGAGUGGGGUGAUAAAUGUUGCUUCAUUUCCUGUACUGUGCAUUGACUAUAUGGAGAAACUGUUUCCUGUGUUUAGUUCAGGAUUACCCAGGUACUUAGCAAUAACUGUUUCAACAAUAAUGCUGUCAUUUUUGAAUUAUACUGGACUUACAAUUGUGGGUUAUGCUGCUGUUGCUCUUGGAGUGGUUUCGCUGCUGCCGUUUAUAAUCAUGUCUUUGGUUGCUAUACCUCAAAUUCACCCUCAUAGGUGGCUUAGUUUAGGCCAAAAAGGAGUUAAAAGAGACUGGAAUUUAUUUGGUAACACUCUAUUUUGGAACUUGAAUUUUUGGGAUAAUGUUAGUACUCUUGCUGGUGAGGUUGACAGACCUCAGAAGACAUUUCCCAAGGCACUGUUUAUAGCCGUGAUCUUUACCUGUUUGGCUUACUUGGUUCCGUUGUUUGCUGUAACGGGUGCAGUUUCUGUGGAUCAGAAUUUGUGGGAGACUGGUUUUAUGGCAGAUGCUGCACAAAUGAUUGUUGGGAAAUGGUUGAAAAUCUGGAUUGAGGUUGGGGCUGUCUUGUCUGCAGUUGGACUGUUUGAAGCUCAGUUGAGUAGUUGUUCUUUUCAAGUUAUGGGGAUGGCAGAUAUUGGGUUUUUGCCGAGGUUUUGUGCUGCAAGAUCGAAAUGGUUUAACACCCCAUGGGUGGGAAUAUUAGCGUCAACUGUGAUCACUCUAGGAGUGUCUUUUAUGAAGUUUACAGACUUAAUUUCGUCAGCUAAUUUCCUUUACAGUUUAGGUAUGCUGCUGGAGUUCGCCUCAUUUUUAUGGCUGAGGAGAAAGAGGCCGCAGUUGAAGAGGCCAUAUCGAGUUCCAAUGGGACUGCCGGGUUUGGUGUUAAUGUGUUUGGUGCCAUCAGUGUUUUUGGUGUUUAUAAUGGUUAUUGCAACCAAGACAGUGUUUCUAGUAAGUGGCUUGAUGACCGCUGGUGGAAUUGUUUGGUUCUUUUUCGUGAAGCUGUGCAAGGCGAAGAAGUGGUGUGUUUUCGGCAGCAUUCAAGCUGAGGACUGAUUGCAGCAGCAGCAGCAAUGUACUAGUAAAUGACUAGCUAUACAUUCAUGAUAUGCAGAUUGUUUAGUGGAACAUUCAUCUUUUUAGCCCUUUGGUAAAUAUAGGCAUUGUGCUAUAGUGUAAGUUGUAACUUCUUUUUCAAUCAAAGAUUUUGCCUCAA